GAGACCCAAAAUGCGUGUUACUUUCAUCACACGAAACUGUUUACCAAGCCCACCAAUUCCAUUUAUUUUUUUUAUGUAACAUUCUUUUUUAUAUCCCCAAUUCCUCCUUCCUUACAAUUGUUUGCAGAGAUGGCAGAGAAUGCCUCCAGUUAUACGAGGGCCACCGUCAAUUCCGUCCCAUUAAAAAUCCGUGUGAUGUGUCAGAUCGUCAAAUUUGCCAGUUAUUUGACGCGCAGAAGCGACGGCACCGUCAAUCGCCGCCUCUCGAAAUGGCUUGAACGCAGGGCGCUGCCAAACGAAAAGCCGGCUCACGGCGUUUACACCAGAGACAUUGUCAUCGAUAACGUUACCGGCGUAUGGCUCCGGCUCUUUGUUCCCGUCGAAGCCACCGGCGAAAAGAUCCCGGUCGUCGUGUACUUCCACGGCGGCGGCUUCUGUGCCCUGUCAGCCGCCGACGUGGUGUACGAUGUUUUCUGCCGCAGACUGGCUCGGCGGAGUGGAGUUCUGGUGGCUUCCGUGGAUUACAGGCUGGCACCCGAGCACAAAUACCCUGCGGCUUACGAGGACUGCUUUGCCGCGCUGGCAUGGCUGAGAAGCAAUUCUGGGGUGAACCACUUGCCAGCUCAGGCUGACCUGUCGCGUUGCUUUCUCAUGGGGGAUAGCGCCGGGGGGAACAUUGUUCACCACGUCGGAUGCCGCGUGGCAGAGGGGAAGGAGGAUUUGCGGCCGGUGAGAGUUUUAGGGCACGUGUUGAUUCAGCCGUAUUUUGGUGGCGAGGAAAGAACGGCGGCGGAGGUGAAUUUGAAGGAGGCGCCGCUAAUUACAGUGGAGAAUAGUGACUGGUAUUGGAGGGCUUUUUUGCCCGAGGGGGCGAAUAAAGACCAUCCUGCCGCUAAUGUGGUGGGGUCCAAUUGUAGAGAUAUUUCGGGCUUGGCGGUUCCGCCAAGUUUGGUGGUGAUUGGAGGGCUGGAUAUUUUGCAGGAUUGGCAGAGCAGAUAUGCGGAGUAUUUGAGGAAAAUGGGGAAGGAUGUGGAGGUUUUGUGGUAUGAUAAUGCUGUGCAUGCUUUCCAUGCUUUUCCUGGCUUUGAUUUGGCGAAGAAAUUUUUGGACGAUGUAGAUGGCUUCAUCCACAGGACGUUAGCUAAAGUUAGCUGAACUCUUGGUUGGUACUUGAUUUUGGAGUUUUCUGCAUAUAUCUCGGUUAGCUAAAGUUAGCGGAACGGACUUCUUUCUUUCCUUAGUUUGUGUUUAUGGCACUGGUUUGGCUUUUUAUGAUAAGUUAUAUUGAAAUUACCAACAAAAAAAUAUGGGUGAUAUGGGAUUAUGUUCUAAAGUUAGAUUUCUAAAUGAAAUGUGAUUUAAAAGAAUAAGAGCAAUUAUAUAAAACAAAUAAGGGUUGAUGGUUUGGUUUGA